AUGUUCAUAUCUAUCUAUCUAUCUAUCUAUCUAUCUCUCUGUCUGUUUAGCUCUCUUUCUCUCUCUCUCUCUCUCUCUCUCUCUCUCUCUUUAAUAUGUCCAUAUUAUCUAUCUGUUUAUCACACUCUCUUAAUAUCACACACUCGUAAUAUAUCCAUAUCUAUCUAUCUAUCUCUGUUUAUCUCCCUACCUCUAAAUAAUUCCAUAUCUACCUGUUUAUCUCGCCCCCCUCUCUCUCUCUCUCUCUCUCUCUCUCUUAAUAUGUCCAUAUCUAUCUAUCUAUCUAUCUAUCAAUCUAUCUAUCUAUCUAUCUAUCUUAAUAUGUCCAUAUCUAUUUUUCUGUUUAACGCUCUCUCUAGCUCUCUCUCUCUCUCUCUCUCUCUCUCUCUCUCUCUCUCUUAUAUCUCCAUAUCUAUCUAUCUGUUUCCCUAUUUCUUAUUAGGUCGAUAUCUAUCCAUUCAUCGCUCUCAUUGUCUAUCGCUCUCAGUUAAUAUGUCCAUAUCUAUCUAUCUAUCUAUCUAUCUAUCUAUCUAUCUAUCUAUCUAUCUAACCCUGUUCGCAUCUAUCUAUCUCACCAUUUCCCCAUCUAUCUAUCUAUCUAUCUAUCUAUCUAUCUAUCUAUCUAUCUAUCUAUCUAUCUCAGCCUUUUCAUUAUCUAUCUAUCUAUCUAUCUAUCUAUCUCACGUCACCUUCUUUUGCCGCCAAAAAUACCGCCGCUAUUUCCGCCUCAAUAAGUCCAUCUACUUUCACUUUCACUUUCAACCGUCUUCGCACGCUUCCUCCUCCUACGCCGCCUGUUCAUCUUUCUAA